GGUCAACUUACUGCCCUCCUUGUUCCCCCACCUUUUCUCUCUCUCAUUUUCUCCUUUGUUUCCCGUCAAGUCUUUAUCUCUGAAACUCAAAAAACCCUAUUGUCUAUCUUUCCUUUUUUUCCCCUUAAACAAAAAAACAAUUCAGGAACACCUCAUAAUUCAUUUAUUCUCUUCUGCUCAUCAACGUUCUCCUUACAAUUCUCUCUAAUCCUCUCUUUCUUCUUCGUACACAAACACACACAACAUAAGAAGAAAGGAAAAAAAUGUGGAUGGUUGAUAGUAGUGAUAAUAAUAACCGCAAGGAACUAAAGAUGCCGACAACUGAUAAUCCGGCAUUCGGCCAAAAGCUCCGCUCACUGAUGCCACGGCCACCCAUCAGAUCGACGCCAUCAUUUUUUUGUGCUCAAAACCCUAAUACCAUCCUUCCACUUUGGAACCAAUAUUCAAUGGGUGGUGUGAUGGGUGAUUAUGGGGUUAAAAGAGAGAUGGAAGGGGUGCCAUUGGUGAGCACGAGAUGGAACCCUACUCCCGAGCAGUUGCAAGCGCUUGAGGAAAUGUAUAAACAAGGGACAAGAACACCCACAGCAGAUCAAAUCCAGCAAAUUGCUUCUCGGCUGAGGAGGUUCGGGAAAAUUGAAGGCAAAAAUGUUUUCUAUUGGUUUCAAAAUCAUAAGGCUAGGGAAAGACAGAAAAAACGCCGCCAGCUGGAGCUGCUUGCUGGAAAACAGCCUCUCAAUGUAGAGGCCUCUGAAGCAAACCAAGGAUUAAGCAAGGGAUAUUUUGAAAGAGAACACCAGAAGAAAUUGCAAACACCUUCAAACUGCAGCACGCCCUCAGAGGACUCUGUAUCAAUGCAUGGCUCAGUGAUAGCAGAACGUAAGAAAUUAGAUAUGUGGGCACAAAAACUGCACCCCAAGGAAUUGCAGUCAGCGAACAAUGAAAUUACCUCCUGGAAAUUGGACUUAUCUCAAUCUUCUUACAACAAUAUUAACUCCCAUAAAGCUUCAUCAUCAGAACAAGAGAACACAAUGCCAUUAUUUAUCGAGAGCAAUCUUAUAUUAAAAGAAAAUCGGACACUUCAGCUUUUCCCGAUGGCCGAUCAGGAAGAGAAUUGCGAUUCCUCUGUUGGCAUUUAUUUGGGAAACCGAUAUAGGCCUAAUGAGUUCAUCGAGUUCCUGCCGAUUGCGAAGAAAUAAAUCAAAAUUAGUAGGGUUGUUUAAUUUAUCUGUUUGAAUUCAUGAAAUAUAUUCAUUGAUUGUAGUAGUUAUUAUUUAUUAUUAUUACUGGGUGAUUAAGGUUGAAAAGAUGUAACAUGUGGCUUUCGCAUUAAAUUAACGUGGGUGUUCGUAUGUAGCUAAGGUAGCUAUAUCUGCUGCUUGAUGUAUUGGUCAUUACGCUUAUUUAAUGACUCUGAUUGGCAUCUAUGUAUGUUUUUAUUGACCUUUAGGCUGUGAAGAUCACUGUCGG